CGGCGCCGGGCGAGCCGCUCGACGUCGUCGCCGACCGCGUCGCGUGCGCGCUCGAGGAGAGCGGCGAGGACGUCGCGGGCGUCGUGUGCCUCGCGGCCCUCGGCGCCGGCGCCGCGCUCGGCGACGACGUCGCCGGCGCGACGCGCGAGGCGCUCAAGACGUUCCUCGCGCUCCUCAAAGCGCUCGACGACCGCGGCGACGCGCCGCGCGUCGUCGUCGCGACGCGCGGCGCGGCGGACGACCCGUCCCUCGACGGCGUCGCGGCCAGUGCGCCCGACGCCGCGCUCGCGUCCUGCGCCGUCUGGGGCAUGGCCCGGUCCGCGGCCGCGGAGGCGCCCGAGCGCCGGUUCCGACUCGUCGACCUCUGCCCCUGCGAGCCGAGCCGCGACCGCGACGCCGCGUGCCUCCUCGACGAGCUCGCCGCGGAAACGCCGGCGUCGCGCGCCGAGUCCGCCUGGCGGAAGCGCGCGCGCAAGGCGCCCCGGCUCGCGCCGCUGCCCGUGCCGCGGCUCCUCGAGGCCGGGCCCGUCGUCGACGCGGACCUCGCCGCGGGCGUGCACGUCGUCUCCGGCGGCACGGGGGGCCUCGGCGUCGAGUGGGCGAAGCGGCUCGCGGCCGCCGGCGGCGACGCCGCGACGCUCGUCCUCGCGUCGCGCCGCGCGCCGAGCCCGGCGCUCGCCGCGGACCUCGCCUCACUCGCGCGCGACACGGGCGCGACGGUCGUCGUCGAGCGGGCCGACGUGUCGCGCGCGGCGGGCGCCGAGGCGCUCCUCGCGCGGGGCGCGGCCCUCCGGGCGACGCCGGCGACGAAGCUCCGCGUCUGGCACCUCGCGGGCGUCACGGACUACGGCGCCGCGAACGGCGGCUUGGACGCGCUCGCGGCGCUCCGGGCGUCGCGGCGCGACGCGGCGCGCUGUUUGAGCGUCCAGUGGGGGCCCUGGGCGGGCAUCGGCAUGGCGAGCCGCAUCAAGAGCCUCGGGUCCGGCUCCGAGGGCGCGCCGUUCCUCCCGCUGAACGCGGCCGACGCGUUCGACGGCUUGGACGCGGCGCUCGGCGGCGCGGCGCCCGUCGCCGCCGUCGUCCGCUUCGACGCGGCCUGCGCCGCCGCCGCCGCCGCGCGCGCGCCGCACGUGCGCGCCUUCCUCGGCGGCGCGCUCGGCGACGGCGGCGCCGCGGCCGCGGGCGGGGCCGCGGAGCCGCCGGCCGCGGACCCGGGCGCGGAAGCCGUCGCGGUCUUCGCGCAGCACACGAGCGCGCCCGUGGCGCUCGACAGCGCCCUCGAGACGCUCGCCCUCGACUCCCUCGAGGUGACGGCCAUCGUCCGCGACCUCGAGGCGCGCACGGGCGCGAAGCUCGAGCUCCUGGACGUGCUGAGCGCGGCGACCGUCGGCGACGUCGCGAAGUUGGUGGGGGACGCGCGGAGGCCCCGCAAGGGCGGCGCGCUCGACGCCGUGCGGCGCGCGGCGGCGAGCCGGCGCAUCGACGUCGCGCGGCUCGCCAAGUCCACGGCGGCGCUCAGCUUCCGGGACGCGGACGCGUGGACGCGGGCGCUACAGCGCGAGUACCCCGGCGCGGUCCUCGACGUGUCGCGCGUCAUGGCCUGCGCGACGGCCGACGAC